AUGGCGUCUGGGAACUCUCGCCUGAGGAGUUUCAAGAAAGAGAAGGCUGCGAGCCGUUUUUCUAUUUAUGAGCGCCGUUUCCCUCACCGCGGGAGGAGGGACUCCUUCGUGUAUUUAUCACCUCUGCUGCUCUCAGUGACUGUCGCUCUCGCUCUGUGCAGUCCUGCUCGCGUUGCUGCAGUGCGCCUCCCCGGGUCCAUGGGCAAACACAGCCAUUCCUCGGGUAUUAUGCGGGACGAAUGGCGUGCUGCUGCUGGCGGUGGUGCUGCUGUCUCUGUCACUCCUGCUGCUGGUGCAGAUGCUUCGUUUGGUGAUGCUGCUGCUGAUUCCUCUGGGGCAAUUGCCCCUGUGGCUGGUGAGUUUCCCGUGCCUGGUGAUGGACCGUACAAGAGGGAGGAGCCGCUUCCGAGCUUCAUUCUCCAUCAGAGCGGCUAUGCAAGGGCAGAAGGCGGAGAUCUCUCAGCGUCAGGCGGAGAGGAACCCGCAGCAGGCGCAGACGUUUCAGCAGCAGAAGGCGCAGAAGAGGCAUCAGCAGCAGACGCACCCGCACCUCUUCCACCAAAGGACGAGGAAAUGGCCCCAGCUUCAGAAGCAGCCGAAGAAUCGGCAGCAGAGGAGGCAGCAGCAGCUGGCGAUAUUUCUACCUCCUCUGUCUCUGCCUCGGCCUCUGCCUUAGCGUCUGCCUCUGGCAGUGCCUCUGGCUCGCCCCCUGCCCAGGCCGGGCUCCUCCAGCUCACCCCCCAGGGCCUGCUGUCGUCCCUGAGGUGUCUUUUCUCCAGGGGCGACGCUGCGUGCACACAGGUGAAUGCGGACAAGGGGAAGGCGAAGCCCGUGUAUAGGGUGGAGGCUGCCGCUCCUAGCGAUGGGUUCGUGCGGCGGGUGGGGCGGCAGCUGUGGCUGCGGGGCAAGCCGUUCUACGUGAACGGGUGGAACACGUACUGGCUCAUGUACAUUGCGAGCAUUCCUGAGAAGAAGUAUCUGGUGCGUUGCAAAGGCCACUCUACCUACCAUUCCACGCUUCUUCUGAUCCCCACGUCCCCCUACCAUCUCUCUCCACCUGUUCACCCGUCCUCAUCUCCCCUUCCGUUCUGCCACCCCUCGCCUUCUCUCUCGCCCCACCAGGUGAACCAGGCGUUGACCCAGGGGCGCAGCAUGGGCCUCACAGUGUGUCGCACGGGGGCGUUCUAUGACGGCCCUGGCUGGCAUGCUCUGCAGACCAGACCCGGGGUGUUUGACGAAAACACAUUCAAGGCUCUAGACUAUGUGCUUUUCACGGCCAAGAGGUUUGGAGUGCGGUUGCACAUGGUGCUGAAUGGUAACUGGGACGACUAUGGAGGCAAGAACCAGUACGUCAAGUGGAGCGCUGCUGCUGGGGGCACCCUUCCUGCUGACGACACAGCUUUCUUUGUCGACCCUCUCUGCCGAACGUUCUACAAAAACUUUAUCAAGGCUGUAAUCAUGAGGCGCAACACGCUCACGGGCCAGCUGUACCGCGAAGAUCCCACCAUCUUCGGCUGGGAGCUCAUGAACGAGCCCCGGGUCUACGCGGAUCCCUUAGGGGACGUCUUGCAGGCGUGGAUCACGGACAUGGCAGCGUACGUCAAGUCGCUGGACCCCAACCACCUGCUCUCCAUCGGCUCAGAGGGCUUCUACGGCCCCUCCACACCGGAGCGAGCCAAGGCGCUCAACGCGGAGUGGUACAUGAUGAACGUGGGGACGGACUUUGUGCGGAACAACAAGGUCCCGGGGAUUGACAUUGCUUCAGUGCAUGCUUAUGCGAACUACAGGUACUCUGUGUCAGCAUGGAGUGACAAGUUGGCAUACUUCAAGAACUUUGUGAAGGGGCACUUGGAGGAUGGGGAUGGGGUGCUCAACAUGCCCGUGCUCAUUGGCGAGUUUGGCCCCGAGAGCAUCAAGAAGCUUCCGGAUGGCAGCAUGGCGCGGCGCAACGAGGUGUACAGCACGCUGUACCAGAUGGUGCUGGAUUCGGUUAAAAAGGGAGGCUCAGCUGGCG